AUGCCUCUUGUCCCGCAAGACGUCUUCAUCGCUUCGGCUGUCCGAACUCCCGUUGCCACCUUCAGGGGAUCUUUUGCGCCAUUGACUUCUGUUGAUUUGGGCGCCAUUGCAGGAAGAGAAGCUUUGAAACGAGCCGGUAAGACGUUUAUCGUAUAAUUGGGAUUUUUUAGGUAUUGCUGUUGAAAAUGUGGACGAAACAGUCUGUGGAUCUGUUUUGACUGCCAAUCAAGGCCAGAAUGUUGGACGACAAGUCGCAUUGAAAAUUGGUACUUUUUUUUGUUCUUUCAUUACCUGGUUUAGGUAUUCCACAUGAAAAACAAGCGUUUACUGUUAACAAAGUAUGCUCAUCUGGAUUGAAAGCCUUAAUCUUGGCUACUCAAUCGGUUCAACUGGGCUACAGGGAUACAGUACUGGUUGUAGGAACAGAGAGUAUGAGCAAUACCCCUUUUUAUCUGAACAGAGGAGAUCAUGGUUACGGUGACUUGAAGCUGAUUGUAAGAUAGUCCUAAGGACGUGGAUUUUAAUUAAUUUCAGGACGGAAUCCAACGUGAUGGCAUCAGUGAUGCUAUUCUCAAUGAUCCCAUGGGGCUAUGUGCAGAGAAAUCAGCGAAGGAAUAUAAUUGUAGUCGUCAAGAGCAAGAUGAAUUUGCUCUGGAAUCUUAUUCCCGGACGGCCAAGGCCUGGGAAUCUGGAGAUUACACGGCCGAAGUGGUCCCUGUGAAUGUUCCCCAACGACGAGGAAACCCCCUCAUUGUCAAGGAAGACGAGGAGUAUAAGAGAUUAAUAAAAGAAAAGGUCCCCACUCUGCCCCCGGCUUUUUUGAAAGACGGUAGUGGUACUAUUACUGCCGCAAAUGCAAGUUCUUUGAAUGAUGGAGCUGCUUCUCUCGUGGUUGUUUCGAAGAAGAUUAUCCAGGGCGAAAGUGUGAAGCCUGUGGCGAAGAUUGUUGCAUAUGCCGAAGCGGGCCGUGCUCCAGUUGACUUUACAGUGGCGCCAGUCAAUGCUGUCGAAAAGGUAAUAUUGGAUACGCCUCUAUUAACGGCGAUUUCAGUUAUUGAGCGAGUCUGGGCUUACCAAAGAUAAGAUCAGCUUGUGGGAAGUAAAUGAAGCCUUCUCGGUGACUGCUCUCGCCUUUAUCAAACAUUUUACACUCGAUCCCAAGACUGUUAAUGCGCGAGGUGGAGCUGUCGCACUUGGACAUCCCAUUGGGUAAUUAUUUAUUUUUUUGUGACUUACAGAUGUGGAAUUACGCGUUUUUGCUAGAAAAGUACUGGGAUAUAUUUCCUUUCUGGAGGUUAACACUGUAAAAAUAAAACACUUUUAGAAUGUCCGGUGUCCGAAUUGUCGUUGCUCUCAGUCAUCAACUUAAGACAGGUCAAUAUGGAGUCGCGGCGAUCUGCAAUGGAGGCGGAGAGGCUACAGCUGUUCUAGUACAGAAACUAUAG